GCAGCCAUAAGAUGCUGAAAGGAUCCGCAGUCUUGCCUUGCGAAGAUGAUAUUCAAUGCAUGCGAGGUCUGCCGUGUUGCGCAGAUUUCUCGCAGCCCAAAAUAACGCCAAAUUUUCGAUACCUCGGCCUCUCCAACGAAGAUAUCAAUCGACAAAAGUAGCUAUGUCAGACGCGGAAAUAAAUUCGGCGGUCUCUUCAGAAUGUCCUGAUGCUCUGGGACAGGAGGCCAAGUCUGCUGAAAGCCGUUCGUCGGAAAAAGGCACGAAGCCAGAAAAGGAGGCAGAGGAGAAGCUGCCGAAUCUGUCGCCGCAAGACUUCAGGACGUUCAACCGCAUGGCGGAGACCAUGAACUACUACCACAACCACUUCCGCCGCACAUGGACAAUGAUGUACGACGCAUGCGAGGCGAACAAGCGACCGGCAGGCAUGUCUAUACGGCAGUUCUUGAACGCCGGGAUGCAGUUUUGCCACCAGCUCACAAUGCACCACGACAUCGAAGAGGCGCAUAUCUUUCCGGUACUGGCGAAGAAGAUGCCGGCGUUCAGACACGAACAAGAGAUGAAAACGGCGCACAAGAGCAUACAUGCUGGACUGGAGAAGCUAGAACCGUGGCUGGAAGAAUGUUUGGACGGAAGCAGGGAGUUGAACCUGAAGGAGCUCAAGGCGAUCAUGGACAGCUUUGGCGACGUGCUAUGGGAGCACCUUGACGCCGAGGUCGAGCAGCUUGGUGCGGAGAACAUGCGCAAGUUUUGGACCAAGACGGAGAUGUUGCGGAUGCCUAUGUAAUGCCGAUGUUUUGCGUCAAGCGCCCGAUUGCUUCUCG